UUACAAGUAAGCCGACAGUAAAUCUAGAGCGACAAACGACAUGUGAUGUGGUAUGAUGGUUUUUGACCACGUUUUGCAACCAGGCCUUCAAACAUUUUAUACAACUAAGGAAUAUUUGAAAGUCUUGAGGGGAGAUGACUUCAAAGCACAAAGUGAAGUUUGAAAAUCAGUCGCUGAAAUAAAUUAAAACCAACACUUGUGUAAGACAACAACAAAGGAGAAACUCCUCAGUAUGUCUGCAUCUAGUGAGAGCAACCAAGAUGAUAAGGAAAUCAAUGAGUCAGGAAUGUGUGUAUCUGGUGACAGCAACCAGGAUGUUAAGGAAAUCAAUGAGUCACGAAUGUGUGUAUCUGGUGACAGCAACCAGGAUGAUAAAGAAAUCAAUGAGCCAGGAAUGUUUGCAUCUAGUGAGAGCAACCAGGAUGAUAAGGAAAUCAAUGAGUCACGAAUGUGUGUAUCUGGUGACAGCAACCAGGAUGAUAAAGAAAUCAAUGAGCCAGGACUGUUUGCAUCUAGCGAGAGCAACCAGGAUGAUAAGGAAAUCAAUAAGUCAGGAAUGGUUGCAUCUAGUGAGAGCAACCAGGAUGAUAAGGAAAUCAAUGAGUCAGGAAUUCGACAGACUUUCAGGUGCGACAUUUGCAAUAAGACAUUUUCAUACAUAUAUAGCCUACGGGUACAUUCACGGAUUCAUACAGGAGAGAAGCCAUAUCAGUGUUCUGUGUGUGAUAAGACGUUUGCAUGUUCGGGGCAUCUGCAGAGACAUGUAUUGACACAUACAGAACAAAAACACAAGUGUGAUGUUUGUGGUAAGGAUUUAAUCAGCUAGAAUACCUACAGAAGCAUUUGA